ACUCAAUUCAAUUCUAUAAUAUUACAACGAUGAAAGAUUGAUUCCCCAAACUCUCCUCUUUCCCCACCGUCCAUUCUCAAUCCUCUCUCUCUCUGAGUCUCUCUCUCUCUCUCUCUCUCUCUCUCUCUGGUUCAAGUAGAUAUUGUGUCAGAGGAGGUCGUGAAGUUUCCUUUUUGUCCUUGUGAGGAAGAAGAAGGCCCCUUUACUUACUUUGUGUCAGAAGAAAAUCUUUCAUGUCCAAUGGUUAUUUCAAUUCUGAUGACUGUUUCAUUCCAUCGCAAGAACCGACCAACCCCUUUGUAGAUCAUAUAAACACUACCUUAGAUUCAGCUUUCAGCUUUACAUAAGUGCCCAUGUGUCCGAAACCCUAAUUUUGCUGUCACGUACGCUCGCACUAGUCUAGCUUCUUCUCUUUAUUGAUCUCCACACACAUAUAUAUAUAUAUAUAUCGAUGAAGCCUACUAGUUCCAUUAGAACUAGGUUUGCUUAUGGGUUUCUUAGAGCCAUGAAAAGGCUCAGAAACCGCAGAAGACCUGCCGCUUCAUCAUCAUCAUCAUCAUCAUCUGCAGCGCGAGCGGCUUUUGGACGCUAUCGUAAGCUAAAGAUGGUGGCCGAUGCGUCAAUGGCUUCGGCAGUGGGGUCGAGGAGAGCCUGGAGCAGGGCCUUGCUCUGGAAAAUUACCCGUCGCCAAGCGCUGGUGCGGCGUGCUUUGGCGGGAAAAAGGAGAAGGUCUGGUGGAGACGACAGCGGAAUUAGAAGAUCGGUAGUAGUAGAAAACGAGGGUACCCAAGAUCAUCAUCAUAAUCAGUCUGGUGUUGCCCAAACUGAUAUCCUUCGAAGGCUGGUUCCAGGAGGUGAAAGCAUGGAUUUGUACAGCUUGUUGGGAGAAACUGCACACUACAUAAAGUGCCUUACCAUCCAGGUAAAAGUGAUGAAGAAUAUUGUCGAUUUCUGCUCUACCUGACUACUUUGGCCAUACGUACUUGCAGUAUCAUCAUAUGAUGGAAAAUAUAAGUACAAAUUAAUUAAUAAAUCCCACAGAGAGAGAGAGAGAGAGAUGUUUCGCCAGGAAGUUACAUGCAGUUGUGGAAACAUACAUACAUACAUAUAUAUAUAUAUAUGCAGGAUGAAGAUCAGGUGGUCUUAAAUUUGCAGAUGUAAAUGAUCAUGGAAAUAUAUAGCUUCUAAGUAGAAGCUAGCUUUUAAAGAUGUAGAAUGUAAAUUAUAGACAGAUAUAUGCAUGAGUGUAUUCUGGAAACUGAUGGCUUUAAAGUUCCCCAGUACAGAUCUGUUGCUUGUAAUUCUACGCUUUUAUCCAUCCAUCCAUCCAUCCUUGUAGCUCUUCAGGCUGUUUGUUGAUUCCUUUGCCUCUUUAAUUAUUUGUUUGAUCCAAAUGGAACCUACUCACUCUCGCCGUGCUUCAUUUAUAUCUGCAUUUGAUGAUUACUAAUCGUUGAUGUAUUGUAAAGGAAUUUUUCUGUGUUCGCUUGAUGAUAAAAUAAAAUAAAAUUAAAAAAAAAAAAAAAAGAAUCCCCUUUAAUA